CAUCCCCUAUUUAAAAAGCAAAUAAUUAGGCAUUUAAUAAGUUUUUUUUAUUUAACUGCCUUUUUAUAUUUCACUGUUACCGAGUUCCAUAUGCUGAGUGUUGUUAUCACAUUAUUAUGUAAAUUUUAUUAAAUAUUUAAAAAAUGGGUGUAUUAACGAAGUUAUUAUUAAUUAAGUGUAUGUAAUAUUAGGUAGGUAGUUUCUUGGUCAGUUAAGAAAAGAGCAUGAAAGGAACGUAAAGCUAAGAUUUAAUUGUGUACAUUCUAAUAAACUUAAUUUUAAAGCUAUCUACCAAGUGUUUUUCUUACAGUUAUUUGUUCGAAAGAGAUACUUAAUAAUAUUUUUUCAAUUUCAUUUUAGCAAUAAUACAAAGUGCCUUUAAUUUCAAAAAAUUCCAUAUAUUACACGCUGCCCGCCGCGAUGUACGAAAAUAUUCCUUAUUAAAAAUGUUUCAAACACCCCCCGUAUCGUAAAGGAUUGCCGUCGAAACUAAAUAAUGAUUUACGACCGCGUAAAAAAAGUCGGCACUGUUUAGAAGUCCCUACUUCAAACGGCCGCAAGAGAGUGAACCUACUGUCUUGUUCUUUACACUGUGAUUUAGGUGACUGCUUCAAAAUCUUAGGGAACACGGUGCUUUCAAAAAACCUGAAAUAAGGCAAUAAAUGAAGAAAAAGAAAUAACAAUAGUCCAGUCAGUUGUUGAAGAUCCUACAACAUCAACAAGGAAAAUAGAAAAAAAUACAGGCGUGCCAAAAUCAACGGCUUAUUUUGUUUUAAAAAAGAACAAAUACAAGCCUUUUAAGCAUCGAGUUUGUCAAGGUCUUAGACCCGGAAAUGAUACUCAAUGGCUAACAUUUUGUGAAUGGUACCCCAGAAAAAGUCAAGAAGACGUUAAUUUUCCCUCCAAGGUAAUAUGGUCAAAUGAAAGUAUGGUUACAAAUAAUGGAAUUUUUAAUCGUCUUAAUUCACAUUAUUGGUCACAAGAAAACCCACGAGAAAAAAAAGAAUCCAGGUACCAACAUCAUUAGGGCCAUUUAUUUAUCACGGUUCGCUGACGUCUAAUCGUUACCUAAAUUUUCUUCAAAAUGAUUUAGAAGAGCGACUAGACAGCCUUCCAUUUUGAAUAAUUAGAGAUUGUUGGUUUCAACAAGAUGGGCGCUCAUAAUUUCAGAGAAGUAUGACAAUCAACAGUUAAAUAGUUAAAUCAUGGUAGAUGUGCAGUGGAGUCCACAAUCGCCAGAUUUAAUGCCUUUGGAUUUUUUUGUGUAGGGAUAUCUACAAAAUUAUGUCUAUGGGCGAAAUUUUGAAAGUGAAGAGGAAUUUCAAGUAUUAGUGAUCGAAGCUAUUAAUAGCAUAACCCCUGAUAUACUUAUAAAUAUACUAAACCUCAACUGUUUGACGAGCUUAUCUAUGCAUGGCAAAAUAGUGGACAAAUAUUUGAGCAUAUGUUAUCAAUGUUUCUUUUGUAAUUUAAUUAAUUAAAAACUAACGCUAUUUCAAAAAAACUUUCGAAGACGAACCUUUAAUGAAGUAAAAGCUGAGAGCAAAUGUCAAAAUGCUUUAGUUAGUAAUCCUCGCUCUUUUUUUAAUAUGGGUAAGCGCUAAUUGUUUUUUGAAUGCUCCUUCGUGGCCUGCUAUGACACAAACAAACAUUUUCAUAAAAAGUGACUUUUUCACCAUAAAAUUUUAAAAAAUACUUUGUGUGAUACAUCCUUUUAAUUGUCAUUAAAUAGGCUUUUAUACAGAGGGUGAAGUUUUUUUCGAUCCGUAUAAAAAAUAAAGUUGAUGAUAACUAAACUAUGUAUACAUCAAAUAGUAAAGCACAAAAAGUGGCGUUGAAAAAAUGCUUUCGGUUUUUUGGUAUCUAUUAAAAUAGAGCUGGUAAAAAAUAAAAACCAUUUUUGCUAAAUUUCGUUUUUUUUUCGGAUAUCUCCGGACGUAUUUGGAGUUUUAAAAACUGUAUUUAAUUAAGGUUCGAAUUGCGCAACUUUUCUCUAAUUUAACCGACCUCGUAUCUCCUACCGUUUUCGAGAUCCCCAUACAGUUCAUCCUUAUCUUGGACACCCUGUAUAUUGUAAGACAAUUAGAAAUAAGACUAUUAUUAAUUAUUUUCUUUAUCUAUCUCUAUUUUUUCAUCGCUUGUAACAAAAGAAACUCCCACGAAUAUUUCGUAUUAAUUCUGGGUGAUUCCAUAUAAGCUUGGUUGGGUAAUUAGUGACAAUUCAUAUUGUGCAAAAAAUCAUUACAAAACACUCUACAUACUGCUUACUGUAUACUGGCAUCUUUGCCUUCAAUAUCCCAAAUCUAUUAUCAUAAUAUCUGGUACAGAUGGGCUCACUCUCAAAAUGUUUUCCAAUCUGCCAAAUUGCACCUUAAUCCAUCUAACAAACUUAAUUAACAAGUCAUUCCAAAAUGGAGUCUUUCCUCCCUGCCUUAAGACUGCAAUAAUUAUUCCUUUGCAUAAGGGAGGAGAUAAACAACAAGCUUCAAACUAUCGCCCAACCGCACUCCUUCCCACUUUAUCAAAGAUCAUUGAACGAUUGGUUAAAAAAGGCUCUUAUCGUUUCUGUUUAAAUAUAAAAUUCUUACUCCUCACCAAUUUGGAUUCUUGAGCAGUGGCGAAGCGUGAAUUUUUUUUUCGGGUAGACAAACAAUAAAAAUCGUUAAUUAAAAACAAUGUGUAUUCAAUAUUAUUCACUUUAAUGAAAUACAGAAUGAAAGCGCAUGAAAUAUUAACUCAAAGAGAAAAAUUAUGUAGUGAUAUAAAAAAGAAAUAAAUAAUUACUACUAGCAUAAAAAGAUAGAUAGAUAAAAAUCAAUACUACUUACAAAAAAACACAACUAAAAUACAAUUGCCAAUAUCGAACAGUCGUUCAUAAAUAACCACUAAAAAAACCUUUUCUAUACACUCAAAACAGACUUUCUAGAUGCAUUUUGUCCAUUUUUUGUAAUUUUGGCAAAUAAGCAAAAACUGCUACGUGUCUGGCAAGAAAUUUAUCAAAAAUAUGAUAUACCCGAAAAAUUGAUCAAAAAUUAUGCAAAUGAUGUACUUAUAUGCGGACAAUCUGGUAUUGAUUAUAUCCUAAAAAACUUUGAAAAACUGUAGGACAUACUGCAUUUAGUUUCUCAACCUUGGACAAAUUGCAUUUUGUUUGUCUAUACAAAGCGGCAUGAAUAAGUAUAGCAAGGAUAUGAAAAAAACGUAAGUAGGUUUAUAAGAUCAGUAUUUUAUUUUUGAUAUACAAAAUAUUUUUAAAUAUCAUAGAAGUCCCCGUUGUCAUCAUUAUUGCAAUCACUUAGCAUGUUACCUUCUUCGCUAGCAUUAUCACCCUCAGUUUCAUCUUGGUUCACUUGAUUCUCAUUUUGUUCAUGGUUAUUAGAGAGAAUAGGUUGCAACCAUGUUAACUCAGGAUCAUUAAGCCAAUUUGCCCCUGAUAGUUCCACCAAAAGUUUUGAGAGGCCCUGGAGUUUUUUUGUUUUAAGAUCAUUUUGAAGCAUUACAACAGGUAGCUGUAAAGUCGAAAGCUUUUUUCCGCGUUUUAAUAACGUUUGAAAUUGCUUGGAUGGAUCGUCAUUUCUGUAGAACAACUCGGUCUUAAGCAAAAUAUUGCUGCUGUUUUGUGAUCUCUUAAUAAUAAUCCAUUUGGCCGCACUGAUCCCUUCAAUUUUCUUUAAACAGGUUAACGCAGUUUUUAUAUCGUAAACAACCCAGUCCUUACCAAGUUGUCUAACGUCUCCCUUCUUGGAGUAUAUCUCAUGAUAUUUUGUAGGUGUUUUUAUUGUACUGUAGGAUCGUGUAACUUUUUCUAUUUGCCCGAAAACACGAUCCGCUGGCAAAUACGAAUGGCCGCGUACCGGAAAGGUAAGAAUUACCUGACAUUACUUUUACGCUCUUUAGACGUAAGAUUUUUUCCUUUUUCUACUACCACCAGUGGCGAAGCGUACGAGUAGACAAGGUAGACACUGUCUACCCAAAAUUAUCCUGUUAUAAUUUAUCACCUAAUUAUUUCAUGUAAUUGUUGAAUUUAAAUUUGAAAAAAAAUUAACACAGAACGUAUCUAUACAUGAUUAAUUCGAAGGCCGCACCGAUUAAAAUAAAAAUGCAGGGCUGACACCGAGCCCCAGGAAGACACAUUGAUAUUUGUCUUAGCAUCUAAUCGAACCAAAUACGCAUCAAGCAGGCGACAGAGGUCCGGCCGCAUCGCAUUCAGCCUAUUACGUCUGCGAAAUUUACUCGCGGGAAAGACAUUCGAGCUUUUGUCUAUGGAAGUCGACCAGCUAUUUUAUUAUGCUGUUGAGGGGUUAUUGUUUAUGGACAAACUUGAUCUGGUCGGCCGCAAUACAUCUUCAGUUUUGUUUUGUUUUGAUAAAUCUGCAUUUGGCAUUUGGUGCGGGUGCGUGCUCUAGUAAUUUAAUAUUUAGUAGUAUUUUUAUUUUUGGGUGUAUAAAAAACGUUUUUUUAGUGGAUAUUUUAAUUUUAGUAGUUAUUAAUGAAUGACUGUUUGAUAUUGGUAAUUGUAUUUGAGUUUUAUUUGUCUUAUUUAAUUUUAAAAUUAUGGAUAUUGAAGAUCCAAUUACAUACAUUAAAGAACGAAACUUUUCUUCUUUAUCAUUAGAAGAAAAACUUAAUUUAAAAAAUUCUCAAAAACGACCUGAUCUUAAUAUUUCACAAAAAGACGGCAAAACUAUCCGGAAAUUCCAAAAAACCUGGUACGAGUCGUUCAGCUGGUUGACGGGAAGCGUCAAUUUGAAUGCUUUGUACUGCUUUCCCUGUGUUUUAUUUGGCGGAGAAGAAGCUUGGGCAAAAGAUGGGAUCAAUGUAAUCAAAAAUUUUGUUCAGAAAGCGAACAAACAUGCUACCUCGAAAAAACACAUUUCAUGUAAUGAAUUUUUUUGCAUGUUGGGAAAAGUCCGCAUUGAUCACACUCUUAUUGAGGCGCGAAAAAUUAAUGCUUUCAGACACAAUGAGAAAGUGAAAAAAAAUAGACAGAUAGUAGGCCGAUUAAUUGACGUUGUAUGUUUUUUGGCGAAGCAAGAACUUGCAUUUAGAGGCCAUGAUGAGACUGGAGAGUCAAGAAAUAAAGGAAAUUAUUUGGAGAUAUUGCAGCUACUAGCCAUGGAGGAACCUGCCAUUAAGGAUCACUUAGAAAGCAGUUCGGUUUUUAGAGGGACAUCGAGUGACAUCCAGAAUGAUCUUGUUGAAUCUAUCACAUGUGUAGUUCAGGAAAUAAUUUUAGAAGAAUUAAAAAACACCGAAUUUGUUUCUGUUCAAGCUGACGAAACUACAGACAUUUCGUGUUGUGCGCAAUUUAGUGUUAUUUUGAGGUAUGUCUGUAAAAAUGAGAUAGUAGAAAGAUUUCUUGGAUUUUAUGAUGUAUCUGGUGAUAAGACGGCCGUUGGUCUUAGUAGUAAAAUAUUGGAAGUGUUAAAAUUAUGCCAAGUCGAAAAAAAACUUGUAUCCCAAACUUAUGACGGGGCUAGUGUCAUGUCAGGAACGAAGGGUGGCGUACAAACUAUAAUAAAAAAUCUGCCCACAAGCACUAUUUAUACACUGUUAUGCUCACCAACUAAAUUUAGUUCUUUUACAUUGUUCCAAGCGAAUUACUAAUGUUAAACUGUUUAUUUGUAAUUUAAGUAGUUUUAAAACUUUUUUUGCAAGAUCUCCUUUACGAGCAGAUGAAUUAAGAAAAUCAGGUUUUAGUAUUCCAAGUGGGUCUGACACAAGAUGGAAUUUCCAUUCUCGGUCAGUAUUCUCUAUUUUUCGAAACUAUCAUACUCUAUUAAAAAUUAUGAAAUUCAUAGAAGAUUCUGAUAAAUUCGAUCCAGAAAGUACUAAUUUGGCUAUAGGUUUAAUUAAAAUAUUAAAACAACCUAAAUUUGUUCUAAUGUUAUGUCUUUUUUAUAAAAUUUUCGUGUUUU